AUGGGAAAAAAGAAGAAAAAUAAACAUGUGAAACUGAACAUUCAUGGUAAGGGUGGGCUGAAAGAGGCUGAUCCUACCCAAGGUCAGAAGGGUUUGGAAUCAGGUAAAGCAUCUUCUCAGAUGGAUCCUAUACAUUCAGAGUAUCCUGGAAAGGAUCCGUAUUUAGAAAAAAGUUCUUGUGAUGCUUUUGUGAGGAAAAUUAAGGCUGGUAAAAAGUACUCAAAAAGUAAAUCUGAACAGGCCAUUACUGUUAGUGCACUUAAGUUUGACACUAAGCAGACAAGUACAGAAAAAUUUAAAGUAGCAAAAAGGAAAAAAGUGGAUCAAAUAAAUUCUUGUUCACAUCAAGAGCUGCCUUUUAGCUUUGCUGGUGGUGAUAUGACAGAAAAGCAAUGUGUGGAUCAUUGGGGGGGAAAUGCAAAAGCCAAAGUAGUGAAAUCUGACAAAUAUGGCAAAAUAUAUGUACAAGAUAAAGAAAGCAAUGAAGAACAGAGAGAGUUUAAACACAAUGAGAAAUUUAUGAAACAAACAGCUGUAACUGGGUCAUCCUCUUCAAGUGGGGAAACAAAUAAUGACUCAGCAAAAUAUGUUCUUCCGAUAAACCAGUAUAAUUAUGGCAAUAUGACAAAGAGACAAAUGGAUGUAGAAAACAGAAAUAUUAACUGGGAGAAGGGUCAAGAUGUCCAUAAAGAAAAGGAGAGGUUUGAAAAUAUCAAUAUACAAGGUCGGAAUGAAGAGAAUGAAAUUGUAGAUGAUAGAUCUGAUAAAGUUGCCCAGUUAGAAGAAGAGAAUUUUGGAAGUGAGCAAGGCAAUGAAGAAUGUGGAGUGGUUGUGGAACAGGCUGAAAAUGAAGAGGGAAAGCAAGACAAAAAUGUUGGCAGUGAAGUAGAAUCUGAAGAAGAGGAAGGUGAAAAUGAAACAAAGACUAUAAAGAAAAUGUCACAGUAGCCAUCGAUAGAGAUGAAGAAGAAGGUGAUAAAGACAAAUUACAAUCUAAAGCAGAAAAUGUGGAUAGACUGGAGAAUGAGAUCGAAGAGAAUCUUCAAAUAAGCACUGAGAAAAAAGUUGACACAGAUGUGGAACUCCAAGAGGAGGAGGAAGAAGUUAAAGAAGAGGUUGUAAAAGAAAAACAUUCUGAAAAACAAGUAGCUACUUAUGAUUUAUAGGAAUACCUCAAAUUUCAACUUUCUAAAACAUUAAAACAGUCCUGUACUGGUACAAAUCUGCCAGUUAGAGCCAGAAGCUGUGUUCAAAUGAUGUGAUCUGCGUUCCACUCUCAAAGUCUGUCUUGCAGAUUAGUGCAGUUUCAGCGUUGAGUGUUUUGAACACUGCCUGCAUGGUCACUGAAGCAGUGUAUGGUGUGUCGACUAAAGUUUUUCUCAUCCCGCAUCACUCCUGUAUUGGGAGAGAAUACUCCACGCAUUCCUUCUUUGGACAUAUUGUUUGCAGGCAUGCCAGCUAUCUCAAAUUUGUAACUAGUCACUUUCCUGAGCUGAAUGUAAGUUUCUUGCAGUUGGGUUCUGCUACUGUGGGGACUUGCAUGUACUUACACGUAUAGCUGCCAUAGCAGCUUCCUGUGUUUACAGAGGGCUGUGUUGUAAUAAUACGAAUAUAAAGCAUUUCAGAAUGUUUGAUGUACUUCAUACAUUUGACUUCUAAUCCUUACAAGAAUCCUGUACGGUAGCUCGAUAUCAUUUUCCUCAUAUUAUUGGGAGCAGGGGAAUGAGACAGAGAGAACAGUGAUUUGCCUAAGGUAACAGCUGUCUGUCUGUACUUCAUUAAUCUUUUGCAUGUAGUGGUGGGAAGGAGAAGGUGACUGGAACAGGGUGUUGGUGGUAACCCUCUCAAGAGUAUGUAUCCUGGGCCAAUAACUGAGAGUGGUGUCUGUCAUGUCCUGGAUGGUACAGGUUUCCUGGACACAUCUGACUGGCUCUGUUGUUGGACAGGGACUGGGAUCCAAAGAGCCCUGUGUGUAUGCCCAAGGGGCUCUUUGAAUUUUCUCUUCUGGCUGUGAAUUCUCACUGCACUAUGCUUUUAUUCAAGACUGCUCUGAAAUGUCCCCCAAAUGGAGUGGAUUUUCAGGGAACAGGAACAGUGCAGUGGGAAGUUCAUCUUCAGCUCCACCAAGUGUCCUAGACUAUACAGACCUUUGGUAUGAUCCAAGAAAGACAAUACUUUUGCUUUUGCAGUCUUAUUCUUGAGUUGCCAGCAGUGCAACCAUGC